UUUUGCGCGUCAACGUAGAUCAACGUAGCGGAUCUGUAGCAGAGGGGACCUGAGCCUACUCUCCCCGAAACAUGUCCCGGUCCCCCGCGGCUGGCCUGCACAUGAAAGCCGGGGAUGGGAAUCUCCCUGCGGCCUGACUGAGCGGCCGCCAGCCUCCCCUUAUUGCGGUGAGUCAACCGUAACGUUGGCAUUACAACAAACCAAGGCAAUCGGGGUCUUUAUUUAUUCAAGAGAAGAUGGCGGAGUUCUCGCCUGUCCUGCCGAUCCGGGAUGGAGGAGGACGGUUCGGGCAGCCCAUCUUCCCCCGGUCCAGGUCCGGUUCCGAGUCGGAGAGCGAGCUGUCUCAGAGCCUGGCCCGAACCAAGAUCCGGUCCUACGGGAGCACCGCCAGCGUCACGGCCUCUUUAGGGGAGAAAUUCGUAGAGCAUCGGGUUACUGACAGUGAUACCUUGCAAGGGAUCGCUCUCAAAUACGGUGUAACGAUGGAGCAGAUCAAGAGGGCGAACAAGCUGUUCAGCAACGACUGCAUCUUCCUGAGGAACAGCCUCAACAUCCCCGUGGUGUCGGAGAAACGCUCCAUCUUUAAUGGACUGACUCUUGAAUCUCCUGACGGAGAAGGGGAAGCGGCCUGCCUGGAGCCUGACGUGCCCUGUGUGAUGCAGGAUAUCGAGGCGCCCUCGCCGCCCCACUCCCCGCCCCCUGAGGACUCCAAAGCCCCCCAGCUUCAGCCAGAGGAGCUGUCGGCCAAAGACUACUUACACAGACUGGACUUGCAAAUUAAACAGUCAAAGCAGGCAGCUCGCAGGCUGAAAGAAGAGGAAGCAAGGGCCAGUGAUGAGGACAACACAGCCCCUGCAACGUCAUACCAGGAGAUAUAAAGGACAAGUCUGUUUACCUACACCCCACACACACGCACACACACGCAGACACACAGACACACACACACACACACACACACACACACACACACACUCACAGAUACACACAAACACAUCCACAUCCACCUCAACCUCAUUGCUUUUUCUUUUACCUUUUGCUUUUACCAGACCAUGUUGAACUGUCAUGUUUGCCUUUUAUUUGAUGACUAUUAUUAUUAUUAUUAUUAUUAUUAUUAUUAGUAGUAGUAGUAUUAUUAUUAUGGUUUUGUACAGUAUCAACUGGCUGCAUUCAGAGCAGAACUGCACCCUAUAAAAAUAGCACCCACAACAUGUGCCCAUCCACUCAUGCUUCUGGAGCUGCUGUAUAGGACCCUUAUGUCACACAUUUUCAUACAUGCACACACACACAUGCACAGACAGCUUCACACACACACACACACACACACACACACACGCAGCAUUAAGCAACAAAGCAAUGCCAGGAGGAUUAGCACGAUAGACCUGCGAACAGCUCCUGGCGAUGUAAAUCCCCUCCUAGAAUAGUAUCAGUACCAAUGGAAAGACACAGCGCAUAUUCAGGCCUUCCUCCUCAGUGUUUACCCCCUGUAUGAAAACACAAACCCCAGCCAGAGGCUGUGGAUGGACGCGAGCCUUUUAACACCUUUUAUUUGCCUGAUAGCUUUUCUUUUGGGAACAGAAGGGACUGCUCUUUUUGAUGUGUGAAUGCAUUAUUUAUGUGUGGAAUACUGUGUCUAAAACUGGCUGUUUUAUUGUGCUCUUCAAUUUUGUUGAUUUCUUUUUCUUUUUUUUCUGUGGGAGAAUAAAUAUGUAUUUAAAUGAACCAUGGCGAUCUGAUGUGCUGUUUUCAUGAGAAAGAGGAC